UUAAAGGUAUCAUUUGGAUCAACAUCACCGGCACUCAGCGAUCGAAGUGAAUUUCCAUUAUUCUAUCGAACUGUCGCUCCCGAUUCAUCGCAUAAUCCAGCUCGAAUUGCGUUUAUACGCCGGUUUGGUUGGGAUACGGUUACAACAUUUUCACAAAAUGAAGAAAUCCAUUCGCUCGCUGUAAACGAUUUAGUAACUGAAUUGGAAAAUGCCAAUAUCUCCUGUGCAGCUACAAUUACAUUUGCCGAAACCGAUUUUAAGAAUCAAUUGAAAAUGUUACGAGAGCUGGACACGCGCAUCAUCAUCGGCAGCUUUUCACAUCAUUUGGCACCGAAAAUAUUUUGCGAGGCUUACAAAUUGGGCAUGUAUGGAACCGAUUAUGUAUGGAUUCUGCAUGAAAUUGUUGGAGAACUGUGGUGGCACAAAGCGACACAUGAAUGCAGCCAAAAACAAUUGCAAGAGGUUUCCGAGAAUUUGCUGAUAGUGUCAAGUUACAAUAGCAUUGUCAGCAAUGAAAUAAGCUACAGCGGAUUGAACUAUUCGAUGUUUAUAAACGAAUUGAAUCGACAAUUGAAUGUGUCACAACCACCACCAUUAUCAAGAUAUGCAGCGCAAACGUAUGACGCAGUUUGGGCGAUUGCAUUGUCACUUAACGGUGCCGAAGCCAAGUGGAAACAAUUGAAAAGCAAUUCAUCUUCAACACAACUUGAACUGGACCAUUUUGAUUAUACGCGCUACGAUAUGGCUUUGGAAUUUUUUCAUCAAUUCAGUCGAUUGAAUUUUUUGGGAGUUUCGGGACCGGUGUCAUUCAGUGGUGCUGAUCGAAUUGGUAUUUCUGUGUUCAGUCAAGUGCAGAAUAGUCAAUUGCAGUCAGUUGCAUUGUUUCAUCCAUCGAAGUUGCAUUUGGAUUUCGAUUGUCUGAAAUGUGUCCCUAUCAAGUGGAAAAAUGACGUGGUACCGACUGCAAAGCGAAUCUUUAAAUUGCGUGUUGCCACAAUAUCGCCGCUUGCAUUUUUUAUUGUAUCAACACUUGCACUAAUCGGCAUCAUAUUGUCGAUAGCAUUUUUGGCAUUCAAUUUACAUUUUCGUAAAUUAAAAGCGAUUAAAUUAUCCAGCCCAAAGCUCAGCAAUAUAACUGCUUUUGGCUGCAUUUUGGUUUAUACAGCUGUCAUACUACUCGGUCUUGAUCAUUCCACACUUCUAGCAAACGAGAAAGCGUUUCCGGUUGUUUGUACGGCACGCGUCUACUUGUUAUCGUCUGGAUUUUCGUUGGCAUUUGGUUCGAUGUUUGCGAAAACCUAUCGUGUUCAUCGAAUAUUUACGCGCAGCGGCAUCACAUCGGUAUGCAAGGACAAAAUGCUGCAAGACGCACAAUUAAUUUCAUUGGUCUGUGCAUUGUUGCUACUUGAUGGAUUAGUAUUAACAUUGUGGGUGGUUUUUGAUCCGAUGGAACGGCACUUGAACAAUUUAACUCUGGAAUACAGUACAACCGACCGCAGUGUUGUUUAUCAACCGCAGGUUGAAGUCUGUAGAUCGGCUCAUACGCAAACAUGGUUAGGAGCAUUGUACAUUUACAAAGGACUGUUAUUGGUGGUGGGUGUGUAUAUGGCGUGGGAAACAAGACACGUCAAAAUACCAGCUCUCAACGAUUCACAAUACAUUGGCGUGUCGGUUUAUAGCGUUGUAAUCACUAGUGCCAUUGUUGUGGUACUGGCAAAUUUGAUAUCGGAACGCGUAACAUUAGCAUUUCUAACGAUAACAGCAUUAAUAUUAACAUCAACAACAGCCACACUUUGUCUGCUCUUUCUUCCCAAAAUGCAAGAUAUCUUGAGCAAAGGUGUCAUAAAUGAUCCCGUUAUUCAUAGCAUGGGCUUAAAAAUGGAAUGCAAUACACGUCGUUUUAUGAUCGAUGACAAACGUGAGCUUCAAUAUCGUGUCGAAGUGCAAAAUCGUGUUUAUAAAAAGGAAUUAGCUGCACUGGAUAUUGAAAUUGGAAAAUUGGAAAAGCUACUUGAAACACCAUCGUCAACAUCGUCGUCAGAUCUGUCGAUACCACGGCUUAUUAAACAUGAAUUGGCUGUGGUAAAUGAGGAAAAUGAGAAAUCAUCAUCAAAACAACAGCGUGCACCGAGCAUUGGUGGCGGUUUGCCAUUGUUGCUUUUAUCAGUUCUACCGCCGGUUAUUCCACGUGCAUCGUGGCCAUCGGCCGAUAUUGGUAACAAUACCAUGCGAAAAUCGGUAACAUUUUCAUCGCAACCACAGCUUGAGGAUGAGUCGUCUGUUGCACGUUUGCCAGCCAUUGAUUUAUUGCAUUUACGUUUAACACAUCAACAAGCAACGGCCGAUGCACGAAAGGGUCUUAUUGAUCGUAUCAUUGGUUUUUUUGGUUCAAAACCACCAAGUCGCAAAGCCUCAACAUCCUCAAUUGCAGGCGGUUCGUCUGGCAUUGCAGCUGCAUUAAAAGUGCACAUGGGAUUAUUUUCAAACAUUGUACCAACGGCAUCAUCAUGUAAUGCAAUCGAUCGGGCUGGUGCUGCGGUGCAUCCAUUGCGUAAAAUGUCAUCAUCAAUUGCACGAAGUGGAAAUGCCAUUAAUACAAGAUGCUCGUCAAUUACAUACGAUCCACCGUUUCGUGAGCGCUGCAAAAAUCUACCACCACCGCCGCCAUUCAUCAUCAGCACCGAAACCACAACCAACGAUUCAACAAAUACAUCACGCAAAAAUAUUUAUGUUGACACCGAACACGAGCCAAAAGUGAAUUUUUAUUUACCAUUAGGUCGUCGUGCUUCAAUUCUAAAUCAACCAACGUUGAGAGAUCGUGUUAAAGGUUCACCACGAUUUCCACAUCGAAUCGCACCGACAAGCAGUUUAAACGCACUUGUUGAAAACACCGAAUCAGCAGGUGCUAGUAGCAAAUCAAAAUGGAAAUCAAUGGAGGAUUCAACAAUGUUUGCCGCAAGUUCGACAUCGUUUAAUACGAGCAACUGUUAAAAUAUGUGCAUCAUAAAACUUUCGACUGCAUUUGGCAGUGAACGAACAUUUUUUCCACUCUACACAUUACUGUGCACUUCUCGAAGCAUUUAUCGCCAGGCGAAAACCAAUGGAAUUCAUGGUACAGCAAAAACUUCGACGAUGAACGAAAAAAAAUUGUUGUUGUUAGAAGUAAAAAAAAAAAAACUUUUUUUUGCAAAUGAAACCGAUAGAAUGAGCGAGAAAAUGAAGCUGAAAUCCAAACAGCAACAAGCAAUCUAAACACAUAUACCAAUGGAAUGUGAAUGGCAGUCACAGUUGCACAGCCACAAAAUUAACCAAUAACAAUUCUUGGAACAUAACAUUUUGUUUUGAAAUCAUAUUAUGAUUUUACAAAAGUCAUCACCACCAUCACCACACCGAAUGCCUACUGUUUCUUCUACGUCGUCAAUUCAAAAUUCAACAAAUGGAACAGUAGGCACAAUCAAACUCAUACGCAGCAUCAACACAACUAAUUAAACGCUAUGCAUGUAUGAAUGUAUGCAUGGAGCUGUAAUUGAAUAUGUGCAAAUUAGUUGGAAUUAGAAGCACGGAUUUGAAACGAGAAUCGUUAUGAGGACGAAGGCAAAACGUAUUUACACAAAUUGUUCUAUAACCCCCGGUUUCAUGCUUUCUCUCUCCUUCCGUUCAUCAUCAUUAUCAUCAUCAUCGUCGUCAAUAGGUUAACUAUUUUCCAAAUAGAGCAAUUGAAAAUGUGAAAGUUUUUAAGCAAAGAGCAAUCUAGAAUUAUUAUUAUUGUUACGAAAGUUAAAUGACAAUUACAUUCAUACACACUCCAAUAGGAAUCGAAUAAUUAUUGAAAAUUAUUCAAAAAAAAAAACUUUUUUCUGUGCGCAAUUGAUUACGAAUCUAAUUAGAUGAUAAGUCCAGAACCAUUGUGCGCAACCAAUUUUAAAAUCAAUUUGUAACAUUUAUGCAAAAAAAAAUUGGAAACAACCAUACUAACACUUAACAAACACAUUCCAUAUAUUUCAAAAACCGCACAACCCAAUGCAAUUUAGCGCACAUUGCAUUCCAUGCAUAACAGCACAAGAUAAGGGUAAUUCAGUAUACAAGAAUUUUGUGUAGCAUACCUACUAAUUAUUGAUUCAAUUGAACGAAUUUAGAACAGAUUUUUUAAUUUUGGACAUGUAAAAUCGAUUUUGUCAUUUAUAUCGAACGGUUUUAAAACCAUUUUUUUUGCCAUUUCGGUUGUUGCAAAAUAACAAAUCACGAGAAAACAUCGUAACUUAAAAAAAGUAACAAUUUUCUUCUCUUGAUAUAUGAGGUAAGUAAAUAUAUUUAUUUUCUCUUGUAAAUGUAUCAAAAAGAUGCUGUGCAGUUAAUAUACCACAUGAAGUGAUGUGACGGCGAAACAAAUAAUGGUUGCAUAAAAAAUAUGACAUGAAAACAUCAUACUUUUCGUGAAUAAUCCUCUCUUGUUCCGUUUCUCUCGCGUCUGAGACAUGUGUACGUGUUCCACAUUCCCGAAGCACUAAAUUCCCAUUGAAGCUUUCCACCAAAAAUCUAUAAAAUAUUCAAACAUCAUAAAUAGCUCUCAUUCACAAAACACGAUGGAUAAUCGUACGGGGCGGAACGAAAAUCGAGAAGAAGAAAGCAAAAUAAGAGGAAUGGAAAAUUAAAAAGAAAAGAAAAAAUACUUGUAAUCAUAAAGAGAAAACUAUAGUGUGCGUGUAUUGAACCUUUAACAUAGUAAUUCCAAAAAAAAAAAAUGUGUAUAUGACGGAAAAAAAACUUCUAUUUAUUGUAUUUAGCGGGAUCAAAUAAAUGAACGUAAGAGAAGACAAUUUCUUCAGAAAUUACUAUAAAUAAAGACAUCAAACUUGUGCAAAAUGAGAAA